AUGUCUCUCGUCUCUGGCCCCGGCCGCGGUGGCAUGACUGCCAUUCCCGCCGAACUGCAGCUGUUUGUUGACAAGCAUGUCCGCUAUAUCCAAAGUCUUGACACCCGCAAGGACGAGCUAGAGUACUGGCUCACUGAGCAUCUGCGUUUAAACGGACUGUACUGGGGUCUCACGGCUCUCCAUCUGCUCGGCCACCCCGAUGCACUUCCCCGGCAGGAGAUUAUAGGCUUUGUGCUGUCGUGCCUGCAUGGCAAUGGUGGCUUCGGAGCCGCACCAGGACAUGAUGCUCACAUACUGUAUACUGUCAGCGGCGUGCAGAUUCUAGCCACGCUUAAUGCCUUUGACGAGCUUGAAGAACGCGUCAAGGAUGGCCGCAAGAAGAUUGGCCAGUAUAUCGCAGACCUGCAGGAUCCAGAAACAGGCACCUUUGCGGGCGAUGAGUGGGGUGAAAGGGACACCCGGUUUCUGUACGGGGCCCUCAAUGCACUGUCUCUAAUGAACUUGCUGCAUCUCGUCAAUGUAGACAAGGCCGUUGAAUACGUUCAAUCGUGCGCAAAUUUUGACGGUGCCUAUGGCACGCGCCCUGGCGCAGAAUCUCAUGCUGGCCAGGUGUUCACGUGCGUAGGUGCCCUGACCAUCGCCGGCCGACUCGACCUCGUUGAUCAGGACAAGCUGGGCGCAUGGCUCAGCGAGCGACAGCUCAAGAACGGCGGACUGAACGGCAGACCGGAGAAGAAGGAAGAUGUCUGCUACAGCUGGUGGGUCAUGAGCAGCCUCGCCAUGCUAAACAAGCUGCAUUGGAUAGACGGCAAAAAAUUGACCUCGUUCAUCCUCCAGUGUCAGGAUCCGGAAGGAGGGGGUCUUGCCGACCGGCCAGGCGAUAUGGUAGACGUCUUCCAUACUGUCUUUGGCCUUGCUGGCCUGAGUCUCCUCAAGUACCCAGGCCUGGCCGAAGUCGACCCCGUCUAG